AUUACCGGUGGUUGUAUCACAUCCCGCGCAGCAGCAGCAGACCGAGAAGACGCAGCAGAAGAAGUAGCAGCAGCGCAGCAGAGAAACCCGCUCGUAUUUCGAUUCCAUAUAUAUACGCACAUCUAUAUAUAUAUAUAGGGAAUAUACAUUGGCGAAUUUUCGGUCGCCUUUAAUUUGUUUGUGUUUUUUCCGUGUUCACCGCGUGCAUAUGCAAUUACGUGUGCGUCCACAAAAGACUAUAAUUAUAAAACUAAAGUGAAAAGCGUGCCAUAAUUACACGAGAGCAAUAUCAAUAAGUGCGAGAGCAAUGUGCGAAAAUUACUAACGAACGCAGUAGCAGUAGCAACAAACAGCAAAAGCAGCAGCCAAAAAAAUCACCACAUCACAUUUAUUCCGAGUCUUUCAACAUGAUCGAUGCGGCCUGCAAUUAUUUGAAUCCCUAUGCGCAACAGCAUCAGGCACAGCAGACGCAGCAGGCGCAACAGCAGCAACAUCAUCUCCACAUGCAUCAGGCGCAACAUCAUCUCCACUUGUCGCACCAGCAAACGCAGCAGUCGCAACAGCAGCAACACAUGCAGCAACACUUGCCGCAGCAACAGCAACCGCAACAGCAGCAGCAACAGCAACAACACGACUUCCUCAGCGCCGCCGCCCUCCUGUCCGCCCCCUCCUCCUCCCUCUCCCUCUCCGGCUCUAGUUCCGGCUCCAGCUCCGGCAGUUCGCCAAUGUACGGCUCCGGUUCCGGAUCCGGCAAGCCACCAAUGAAGCUGGAACUCCCGUAUCCGCAGGCCUCCUCCACGGGCACCGCCUCGCCAAAUUCCAGCAUCCAGUCGGCUCCCUCAUCGGCCUCUGUGUCGCCCAGCAUCUUCCCGUCGCCCGCCCAGUCGUUUGCCUCCAUUUCGGCCAGUCCCUCGACGCCCACCACGACCUUGGCGCCACCCACAGCGGCGGGAUCAGGAUCGGGAUCGGGCUCCACUUCCUCAUCGGCCUCCUCGCCCUCCUCGGCCGCCUCGGCUGCAGCUGCGGCGGCAGCAGCGGCAGCGGCAGCAGCGGACCUUGGAGCGGCUGCGGUCGCCAGUGCCGCCUACGGCUGGAAUACCGCCUACUCCGGAUUGGGCCCACCAAGAAGUCAAUUCCCGUAUGCCCAAUAUGCCUCCGAUUACUACGGCAAUGCGGUGGGCAUGUCCUCCUCGGCAGCCUGGUUCUCGCACCAGGAGCGCCUGUACCAGCCAUGGAGCUCCCAAAGCUAUCCGGGCUUCAACUUCGACGACAUUGCCUUCCAGACGCAACUGCAGCGGCGCUCCGUGCGCUGCACGUGCCCCAAUUGCACGAACGAGAUGAGCGGCCUGCCACCGAUUGUGGGUCCAGAUGAGCGGGGACGCAAGCAGCACAUCUGCCACAUUCCCGGCUGCGAGCGCCUGUACGGUAAGGCCUCGCACUUGAAGACCCACCUGCGGUGGCACACCGGCGAGCGGCCCUUCUUGUGCCUCACCUGCGGCAAGCGAUUCUCCCGAUCCGACGAACUGCAGCGGCACGGACGGACGCACACCAACUACCGACCCUACGCCUGCCCCAUCUGCUCCAAGAAGUUCUCGCGCAGCGACCACCUCAGCAAGCACAAGAAGACGCACUUCAAGGACAAGAAGAGCAAGAAGGCUCUGGCGGCGGAGGCCAAGGAGCAGGCUGCGGCGGCGAUAAAGCAGGAGAGGAAGGAGAAGAAGUCGACCAAGCCGCUGACGCCGCCCGUGGAGUUCAAGCAGGAGCAGCCGGAGGCGCCGCUGGUCAACUAUGCGCCCUAUGCGAAUCUCUACCAGCAGGCGGCCACCAGUGGAUCGGGUGUUGGCAAUCCCCCACCCCCACCGCCGCCCCUCUUCCAGCAGCAUCAGCAGACGACGUCGACGACGACGGCGACGGCAACGGCGAUCCAACAGAUGGGCAGCUAUGUGGAGCCGUGGAGCAGCCGUGCCAUACAACCAGCCACUACCUCAGCGAGCUCAUCCUCAUCCUCCAGCGCCAGCUCACCGGCGGCUGUCGCUGCCGUCUCCCUUUCCGCAGCGGGCAGCGCAUCCUCUCCAGCCGCUUCCGCCACGGCACUGGCCCAGCAUCAUUAUGCCGCCUUGGCCAUGCAAAGUGAGUCCCAACUGGCGGCGGAAUAUGGCCUGACCAUGAGCGGACUGGCCAGCGGGGCCAGCCAGGACUCCAGCUCCAGUUGCCACAUGAAGUCCGAGUAUGCGGCCAGCUAUCCGGCUGAAUUUGGAGCGGGCACUGCCAGCUACGGUUAUCCGCAUCCGCAUCCACAUCCGCAUCAUCAUCACAAUGCCUGGGCAGCGGCCUAUCAUCCACAUGCAACCGCCUAGGAUUACCAAGUUGAAUACCAGAUUGUUACUGUUUAGUGUUGAAAUAACAAAAUGCCAUAAAGUCCCAAAAGUCCCGAAGGCAACAAAGCAAGCGUAGAACGAAAAUCUAGUGUGUGUUUUUUUUUCAGUGUUUAUUGUUGACGAAAAAAAUGUAUGUGAAAAUCGAACAAAAAAAAAAUCCACAAUUACCGCCUAAGACAUUAUAUAAUAUUAUAUACAUUUAAUAUAUUAACUAUACAUGUAGCUAGCUCUAGAACUUGAAUUUUUUUCCCAAUUUUUUUUUCAACCUAGUUAAGGCAUUUUUUUUUGCAUGUCUGUACAUAUACAAUAUAUAGCGACUUUUAAGCCAUACCAUAUAGAAUGAGAGAAACCAUCUAGUUGUGUACCAUAAUAAUUGUUAAUUGUCUUUAAGAUAAAUUAUAUACAACAAAAAAAAAAAAAAAAAAAAAAACAACAAGGCGACAAAAUCCCCACACGAAAA